AUGAGCUGGCGAGCAUUUGAGUCAAGGGAGCAAGGAAGUCUAAGGGAGCUGGGAGUUCGCUCUUCCGGUGCGGAGCAGAGAGCAACAGCCGUCACACGACCAGAGCUGAUAAAUGGGGACAAUGUCUGGCGUGCGCCGGUGGCACCCCGAUUGCUGCAGAGGUCGUUUGGUGGUUGCGCCUUUAGCAGCUCAGAAGUUCUGGUGAUGGAAGCUGGGCAAGCAAGCUCAACGAUGACGCAAUAG